AUGAAAAGGCAAACAAGUCCAACUCUAAGACACAACAAGCUAAUACAAAUAAAAAAGGAAAUAUUUGGGAAUUCUUCUGUAUCUAAGCCCAUUAACCAAGUAUCCUUGAUGAUUUUAGGUCUGAAUCUCACCAUGCUUCCUUUUACAAAGAUGAGUUUUUUCACUGGCAAAAAGGAGGUUCAGAGAUCUGCAACUGCCUUAGGAUAUGUUGCACAUGCUGUUUCACUAAUUGCAUCCUAUUUACAAGUUCCCUUACGUUAUCCUCUGCACUUGGGUGGUUCUCACUCAUACAUUAACAACCAUGCGCCUUCAGUAGAGCCUACAUCUUCUGAUUUGUCAUGGAAUACAUCACUUUCUGCAAAUGUAAAGCCUGCAGAAUUUCCAUUGUUUUUAGAAGGUCAAGACACAACAAAAGCAGCAUAUGCAGUAUUCUUGUUGAACAAGAAUAUAGAGCAACUUUUGAAUUUCAUCGGCAUCAAGAGCUUAGGACCGCGACAUGUGCUCGCAAAUUUGAAGGAGCUUAUGAGGACUGUCCAAUCUUCAGAAUUUAUGAAUUCAUGA